AAUUCUUUACAAUCUCCAGUUCGUUCCUGGAUUUCGUUUAGAGCUCACAAGUUCUCGUGAGCGUUAUGUCGGGCGCGAUGUGGAAAGCAGUUUUCCCGAUUCUUAUCCUCACUGUAGGAAUUGCGCAAUACCUUAAAUAUCACCAAUCAGAUCCAGAAGUACCAAAGCUGCCAGAAACAUUCUGGGGACCAAAGCAAAAACUCGGCAAAGAGGACAAAAGUAUAAGGCCUUUUAAAAUAGAUGUUUCGAAAAAGAUAAUAGAUGACCUUUACGAAAGAUUAGACAAGCAUUUCAGUACUGCUGAUUUAAGGCCCAAAAUCGCACCUUUAGAAGAUGCCCAAUGGACUUAUGGCGUUACUUUACCUUACAUCCAAAAUGUCCUGCGCUAUUGGAAAGAUAAUUACAGUUGGAAUAAGAGACAAGAACUGCUUAACAAGUAUCCACAAUUUUUGACCAAUAUACAAGGUUUGGACAUCCACUUUUAUCGUGUGAAGCCAACACUUCCACCGACUAGGAAAGUAAGAGUCUUACCUCUGUUGCUCGUUCACGGAUGGCCUGGAUCAGUGGUCGAAUUCCAAAAAAUAAUUCCAUUACUUACGAAUUCACGACUUGAUAAGGACUUCGUUUUUGAACUUAUUAUACCUUCGCUCCCAGGUUAUGGAUUUUCGGAAGCUGCUGUUCGACCUGGCCUUGGAGCCGCACAAGUUGCGGUAGUAUUUAAAAACCUAAUGGCUCGCUUAGGCUACGACAAGUUCUACACCCAAGGAGGAGAUUGGGGAAGUUUAAUAACAGCCAAUCUGGCAACUCUUUACCCAGAAAAAGUAUUUGGCGCCCACUUGAACAUGUGCUAUCGUAAUUCGCCCUCUUCAAUAUUUUGGACUCUGAUUGGUUCAUUUAUACCAUCCCUCGUAAUCGAGAAAGAACAUGCAUCGAAAAUGUAUCCUUUAAGCCACCAUUGGGGUCGUUUGGUUGAAGAAACUGGAUAUUUUCAUAUACAGGCAACAAAACCAGACACUAUUGGUUCCGUCCUCUCAGAUACUCCAGUGGGAUUAGCAGUUUACAUUUUAGAAAAAUUCAGCACCUGGACGAAUUCAGAAUACAGAUUUCGAGCUGAUGGGGGUUUAUUGGAAAAAUUCAAAAUGGAUGAGUUGUUGGAUAAUUUGAUGGUUUAUUGGGUCACAAAUUCGAUAAUCACUAGUCAGAGACUUUAUGCCGAAUGUUUCAGCAAAGCCCAUAUGGCUUUAGGUUUGGAUGGAAUUCCAGUUCAGCCUCCCGUAGGCUGUGCUAAUUUCCCGCAUGAAAUAGCGUACCAGUCAGAAUCAAUACUUCGGGGCAGAUUCCCGAAUUUAAUACAAUUUAAUCACUUAUCACGCGGUGGUCAUUUUGCUGCCUUUGAAGAACCCGAACUUCUUUCAAGUGAUGUCUGGACUUUCGUGGAAAAAGUCGAAAAUAUCAUGAAAAAAGCAGAGGCUGAAAGGUUGUCAAAAGCCAAAGAAGAGUCAAAGAAAAACAAGAAAAAUAGUGUAUAGAGAACUACCAACGGAUUUAUUUCAAAGAGCUGUGAAAGACAUCACACCAUUUUUUUAGGAACUUUCUCAACCUCUAUUUAAUGUUAAUGUUAUUAUCGUGGCCAGUCAAAAUGCUGGAUUCUUAUUAAACUAGUUUUUCAUUUUUUUUUAAUAAUAAAUUGCUAUUUUCCAAAA